AUGGAUGAAGAUUACGAAUACACAUACGAAUACACAUACGAUUACAAAUAUGAAUAUAAAUACGAAUAUAAAUACGAAUACAAAUACGAAAACCAAUAUAGUCACUGUGUGGGUUGUGAUUUUUGCAAUGUAGAUGCAAAUACUAAUAUAAAUACAAAUGUAGAAAAAACCAAAAUAAGACAUAAAAAAUAA